AUGAUCUCACUGAACUCGUCAGAACGCACAGAUGUGUGUGGGAACCGGACUGUCUCUAUUUUCUCCUCCAAACUCGCACCUGGUGCUGAUAUAGGUGUGGGAAUUACAAUCCUGUCAAUCGUGCUUCUGUCCGUCCUCGGCAACGGCCUGGUGCUGGUCAUCUCCUACCGACGGAGGAAGAAGAUGGUGGGUUCAGAGCUCCUCUGCGUCAACCUGGCCGUGGUAGAUUUCCUAUGUUGCAUCUGUUUCUACCCGCUGUCCAUUCUGUCAUCGUUUAACCAUGCCUGGCUGGGGCACCACGUCACGUGCGUCUACUACGGUCUGGGCUGCUACAUAUUCGGCCUGUGCGGCAUGUUCACCAUCGCCGCCAUCAGCGUGACCCGGUAUCUGAAAACAUUCUAUAACCUGGUCUAUGCAGUCUGGCUGGAUGGCGCCAACAUCCGGCUGGUGUGCUGUGCCUCGUGGCUAAUCGCCGCCGUCUGGUCCUCCUUCCCCUUGUUCGGCUGGGGCGAGUACGUCCCCGAGCCCUACGGCCUGUCCUGUACCAUCGCCUGGCACAGCUACCACACCUCCUUUAAAGACGCCUUCUACGUCAUCUGUUCCUUCUCUUGUUUCAUGCUGGUGCCCGUCCUGCUCAUCGUGAUGUCCCAGAUCCAGAUCCUCUAUAAAGUCUAUCAUUUCACCUACGCCUUGUCAGCCCGGGGGAUCCGGACCAACCUGCGCCAUGCCGAAAAACGUCUCUCCAUGAUGUUCUUCUGCAUCAGCCUUGGCUUUGUGACGGCCUGGGCUCCCUACGCCGUUGUCUCCUUCCUCUUCAUCUUCCACAAGGACAACAGGUACAUGGCUCCUGGGGGCUUCGUGUUCCCCGCACUGUUCGCCAAGAGCUCCCACGUCUACAACCCCUUCAUCUACUUCUACUUCAACAAGGCCUUCCGUCAGGAGCUGCGCUGCCUGUUGCGCUCCUUCUGCCCCUGGUUAGCCGGGAACCGUGUGGGGGUCCGCUCUGCCACGGGCCAGGAGGGACUCCCCGGGGGGCCACAUCCCAUCCAGAUCCAGCUCCGGGAGCUGGGGAUGUCUGGAGGGGGAGUCCUAGGGGAGGAAUAGCAGUAAGGACACGGGGAGCACACUUUGGGGCGAUCUCCUGCUGAGUGUCCAAGAUCAGAGUGACCCCCUCGGGUGUGGACCAUAGACCUGUCCAGUGCUUGACUUGGGCAGGAGCUCACCGGAGCUGAGCACCAGCACCUCAAAUGUUCUACUGCUUGAGCUCCUGUUCCUCUUAUAGAAUAUGAACUCAAAAGUAUUGUGGAGUUCUUGCACCUAAAUAUGAACAGUAUUGGCACCCAAAAUGAGUACCGGCACCUAUUUCAAUCCAAGUCAAGCACUGGCAUCUGUCUAAUAGUUCCUUCCCAUCCCCACCUGAACACUGAUUGGAUGAUGAGAAAGAGAGGGGAGUGGACUUUGCAAUAGGUUUGCUAUAAGUUGAAAAGUGAAUCGGGGUUGGUGCUCCUGAGACUGAGGCUGAAUCACAAAUCAGUCCCUUCCCCUCAUCCCUCAGCCCUCCAUUUGCGUGUUCACACAUGCCUCCACAAUAUGCACAAGUGUCUGACAGCUAAGGGAGUGAAAAUGAUCGAAGGUGUAAGGGCUUAUUAGCCACUUUAACUGAGCCAGCAAGUUACAUGUUGCGUUUAUGUUUGUUCAGUAUAUAUGCCAUGUGCAUUUUGUUCGUGUCUGAUUUUGAGAUUUGACACAUGUAACAAAUGAAAUAUCUCCCAAAUUAAAUGUUUGACUGUUACUGUAAAAUGACAAGGGGAAUUUGUUCAUUUGAAUUUCAUGCUUGUUUUAUUAUUUAAAUGUGGAACAUGAAUCACAUAAUUUAAGUCACGAGUGUGUCCUGAAGUUGAUGGGUUUAUUUGAUCCCCUUGCCACUCUUAAAGUCACCCUCAAAGUUUUGUCAGUAGCACGUGACAUUGGAGGCCCUCCCAGUGAGUUGGUAGGGGGGAAGGGGCUUGUUUGGGAUUCCCAGUGAGACUUCUGAGAGCAGUACAGGAAGUACACAGGAAGUACAUUGAUCCUUCUGCAGAAGCAGUGACAGGGUGCUACCAUAGGAGGGCCAGUGAGACCAGAGACAAAGAGCUGAGGCCACAGAACCAGGAAGAGGCCAGCAAAGACUCCCAGCCAAUAGGAAGAGCUCAGCAUAAUGGUAUGGUAACACACAGACAGCACUGGACUAGAGUACAAGAUGAGAACAAGGAGUAAAAACAUUAUUGUCUUGUAAAAACUAAAAUUCGCCAAUUAUUAAUAGCAUUUCAGUCCUAAGUGGAUUUAUAAGAAUACCUAAAUUGUAAUGAAAACAACAUGAAAUCAGUGGUUUAUGUAUUAAUCUUGUCCACCAACUAGCUCGCUUUCUCUGUCUAUAUGGGGUAGCAAUUGAGUUGGGGGACGAGGUUAUGUACUGUUUGUAUAGUCAGUCGUGUAAUGUAGGGUAAACACAAAUAAAUGCAGUUUACACACUUUUGGGGGGGUGGACAGUUUACCCACCUUUUGAGAAAAAUGCUUUGAAAGUUUAGGGAGCGUAACCUUUUUUCACUGCCACCGGUAAUAAAAGCUUACCCACCAUUUUGUUUUGACCACUAGGCUACAUCACUGGUAUAGGUGAUGACACUUUUAAAUGACUGGGCUAAAUUAUGCAUAAAAAACUCAUGUAUUUUGUUUUAUUGUUACACUAGUGUUCCCCAUGGAUUUAAAUUGUCUGUUAAUACCUUCAUCUUCUGAUUGAGAUUCCAUAAGAUUUGUACCUGUGCUUGAAUGCACACAGUACAUGGAGCUACAGUGCCUUCAGGAAGUAUUCACACCCCUUGACUUUUUCCACAUUUUGUUGCUACAGCCUGAAUUUAAAAUGACUAAAAUGUAGAUUUUGUGUCACUGGUCUACACAUAAUACUGCAUAAUGUCAAAGUGGAAUAAUGUUUUAGUCAUUUUUACAAAUUAAUAAAACAUCUAAAGCUGAAAUAAUUAUUUUGUUAUAGCAAGACUAAAUAAUUUCAGAAGUAAAAAUGUGCUAAACAAGUCAGAUAAUAAGUUGCAUGGACUGAUAAUUUUUGAACGACUACCCAAUCUCUGUACUCCAUUCAAUGAUCUGUCAGGUUCCUCACUUGAGUAGUGAAUUUCCAGCACAGAUUCGACGAGAAUGAAGAGGGAGGUUUUCCAAUGCCUUGCAAAGAAGGGCACCUAUUGGUAGACAAAGAGAGAUGGCGUCCUUCCUAACUCAGUUGACGGAGAGAAAGGACACCGCUCAGGGAUUUCACCAUGAGGCCAAUGGUAACUUUAAAACAGUUUUUAGGAUAAAAAGAAAAGGAAUAGAGCUAAGCACAGGCAAAAUCCCAGAGGAAAACCUGGUUCAGUCUGCUUUCGACAGAAACCGGGAGACAAAUCCACCUUUUAGCAGGACAAUAACCUAAAAUGCAAAGCCAAUUAUACACUGGAGUUACUUACUAAGAUGACAUUGAGUGGCCUAAUAUACAGUUUUGACUUAAAUCUGCUUGAUUUAAUCUAUGGCAAGACCUGAAAAUGGCUGUCUAGCAAUGAUCAACAAACAACUUGACAGAGCUUGAAUAAUUUUUAAAAUAAUAAUGGGCAAAUAUUGUACAAUCCAGGUUUGCAAAGCGCUUAGCGCUUAUCCAGAAACACUUGCAGCUGUAAUUGCUACCGAAGGUGAUUCUAACAUGUAUUGACUCAGGGGGUUGAACACAUUACAGAGUAUUUUGUGUAGAUCGUUGACAGAAAAUUAAAACUAAAUCCAUUUUAAUCCCACUUUGUAACAGAACAAAAUGUGGAAUAAGUCACAUUUUGAAUACUGUCUGAAGACAUUGUACAUGUUAUGCUUAUCUACAUGAUUGUACCUAUCUACAUGUUGUACCUAUCUACAUGUUGUACCUAUCUACAUGUUGUACCUAUCUACAUGUUGUACCUAUCUACAUGAUUGUACUGACAGGAUCAAUUGGAAGGAUGAUUUUCACACAUUGUGGUUAUGGGUCAAAAUCAAUCUUCUCUUCAUUUGAUUGAUUUGACCAUCAUUUCACCGUAUUAUCCAGACGAGCGGUGCUUUCAAAUCUGUUGCCUUGUUCUAUCCGUAUCAUCUAUUGAGUUAUCAUAGGGGUUUUUACAAUGUGAUGCUUGACUGCUUUGUCAAUUUCUUCAGUUAAAAAAAGCAUGGUUUGAAAGCAUUGACUGUAGGCAUCUUGUUUGGAUGUUGACAUACAUUUAUAUAUAUAUAUAAAAACUUUAUAAGGUAUGUUUGUGUCACACGUUCUUAGAUGUCCAAGCGCUUAUAUAACAUUAUUAAAAUAGGCUUUUACACAUGAUUUGCUGUAUGUUUCAGUACAAUAUUCAAUAGUUGCUGUUAGUUACUGUUAAUGGUCAUUUUCAAUUGAUAAUAUACAGCUAUUGAUUGUUAAAUUAUAUAAUUUAUAAAUGCUUUAUGAGCUUAGUAGUAGCUUGGUAGAACUGUCCUAUCAGAACUCAGAAAUCUAAGUUUGUAUUACUCUACUGUUUAUGUUGUUGUCAUUUGAGUGUAAACCUACCAUGUAGCCUACAGCUUCCUGUUUGAAACAUAUCAUGUCGAUCUCAUGGACGGUGUUGUCCUUGGAUACAUUGCAUAAAUUAGCGCCAGGUGUCAGAUGUUUGUUGUUUGGAUGUUUAUGUUUCAGAAUUUUUAUUGGAUUCUGGUUUGUUCCGCUACUAUGUAUGAUGUUUCUGAAUACAUUAGGAAAUCUGUCA